AUGAAGCUGCCUAUAGCGGUGGAGGACGUGAGGAGGGAGGUGGCGAUAAUGAAGCUGCUGUCGGGCCAUCCCAACGUGGUGCAAUUCAUUGACGUGUUCGAGGACACAGACUUUGUGUACAUCUGCAUGGAAAUCUGCGAGGGUGGCGAACUCCUCGACCGAAUCCUUAGCAAGCGCGAAAAUCGGUAUUCAGAGAAGGAUGCAGCAGGAGUGGUGCGGCAGAUGCUGAGCGUGGUGGCCAAAUGCCAUCUGCACGGCGUUGUUCACCGCGACUUAAAGCCCGAGAACUUUCUCUUCAAGUCCAAGGCAGAGGACGCGCUCCUUAAAGCCACCGACUUUGGCCUCUCGGAUUUCAGAAAACCUGGCAAGCAUUUCACGGACGUGGUGGGCAGUGCCUACUAUGUCGCCCCUGAGGUGCUCAAGAGGCGGUCGGGGCCCGAGAGUGACGUGUGGAGCAUUGGCGUCAUUACAUACAUUUUGCUCUCUGGCAGGCGGCCGUUCUGGGAUAGAACGGAGGCAGGGAUAUUCAAUGAGGUGCUGAAGAAGCGGCCUGACUUCAGGGAGAAGCCAUGGCCGAAUGUGUCGUCCAGCGCCAAGGACUUUGUGAAGAAGCUUCUCAAGAAAGACCCGCGCGCUCGACCCACUGCCGCCCAGGCCUUGUCGCACAAGUGGGUGAAGGAGGGAGGGGACGCGUCAUCUGUGCCGCUGGAUAUAGCAGUGCUGUCCAACAUGCGAGAGUUCGUCAAGUACUCGCGCCUCAAGCAGAUGGCUCUCAAGGCCCUGGCGACAACACUGGAGGAAAAUGAGGUGCAGGCGUUGAGGGAUCAGUUUAAUGCGAUGGAUAUCAACAAGGAUGGCACGAUCACGAUUGAUGAGAUCAGACAGGCGCUAAGUCACGACCUGCCAUUUGAAGUGAAGGAGUCGAGAGUGCUGCAGAUUCUCCAAGCAAUGGACACCAAUUGCGACGGCAUUAUUGAUUUCGAUGAAUUCGUGGCGGCCACGCUGCACGUGCAGCAGCUAGAGGAGGCCGACUCCACCAAGUGGCAGGAGCGCUCGCGAGCCGCUUUUGCCCAGUUUGACCGCGACAACGACGGGUACAUCGAUGCGGAGGAGCUGCGCAUGGUAAGUCUGCCGAAUGCUGAGUGCAGUGCGGUAUAA